UUCCGCGAUCUGUCGUCGUUGUCUGUGUGUAGCUGCCGUGUUUCUUUUUGCCGAUAUUACAUCAUUUUUACCAUUCAAAGAAAAGGGGCACUUUCUUGUUUUUAAUAGCUCCGACUAGUUUUCACACGCGACACUCUCACGAACCCUUUAAUUCCCAUCGACGUUUGGUAUUUAUUUCUCCUGCCAGUCUUUUAGGCGACGGAAUUAUGGCAAGUGCGCUGGCGUCUUGUAUUCGUGAGUACGAAUUCCGAUUGUCCGACGUUUGUAAACAAUAGUGCGUAAACCUCUCCGUCCGACUCGACGUGAAAUCGCUUCUUUUUUCGCGUGCGCUUUAUGGUGUUUGUUGUCAGCCUCUGUAAUUGAGCAAUACAUACAGGCUAAGCACAACUGUAUAUUUCCUUUAAAAUAACAAGUUGUUUUAAUCAUUUCGAAACAUUCGACUGUUAUUUAUCCGAAUAUUAAAAGCAAUCAUUUGGCGAGAUCCGUCUUGCACAUGUCGAAUCGCGACGCACGCAAUAUUCAUCGUACAAGAGCAAUUUCACGACACUUGACAGUUGAAGUUUUUUCUGAAGCUGUGCGUAUUAAACGACCAUAAGCACCUGCGUGUGAGCAAUUGAAAUACGUUUAUAUACCUGUGGUCUUACGAGCAACCCCCCUCUUUACGCGCGCGCACGCACAUAUAUAUAUAUGCACACGUUGGCUAUAUCAAGCAUCCCUCAAGGACCAUCUCCACAGACCAUCCAAAGACGCAGUGGAAGAAUGGCCUUCUCGCUUGUUCUAUUGAUUCUUCUCUGGUCUUUUCCUCUCACCGCGGUCUCACGCAAUUCGACGGCAGGUUGUGCCAUCAUUCGUCCGCCACGGGAUGGAGGAAUAAGAUACAGGGGUCUGACCCAAGAACAGAUCCGUAGCGUGCAGGUGUUGCCGGUAGAUUAUGAAAUCGAGUACAUCUGCAGAGCCAACAGAAUCAUUGUGGGGCCGAAGGUCAGAAAGUGUCUCCCAGACGGCACAUGGACUGAUCUCAACCAGCGCAGCCGAUGCUUACUCAUGUGUGCGAGGGUGUGGACGUCUCUGGAAAACGGGCGAGUAACUGUGCAUCCGCCCGGCCCGGCGGUGGAGGGCACCAUACUGCACUACAGCUGUCUGGAGGGCUUCAUCCUGGUGGGCAGAAACAGCACGCAGUGCAAUAAACUCGGCAAGUGGGACUCGCCCAAACCUGUGUGCCAUUAUGACAGACAUUACACAGGCAAGAAGAAACUCUACAUCGGAGCCCUGUUCCCUAUGAGCGGCGGAUGGCCGGGCGGGCAGGCAUGUCUUCCUUCUGCCCAAAUGGCCCUGGAUCUGGUGAACAAGAGAACGGAUAUUCUCCCGGAUUAUGAGCUUGAAUUAAUCCACUACGACAGUAUGUGCGACCCGGGCGAGGCCACUAAGCUUCUGUAUGACCUUCUGUACACGGAGCCCAUAAAGAUCGUCCUGAUGCCGGGCUGCAGUUCUGUGUCCACGCUGGUGGCCGAAGCCGCUCGCAUGUGGAAUCUCAUCGUGUUGUCCUACGGCUCCAGUUCUCCAGCGCUCUCCAACCGACAGCGCUUUCCCACAUUCUUCCGAACGCACCCCUCCGCCACGCUGCAUAACCCCACCCGCGUACAGCUCUUCCAGAAGUGGAGCUGGACCAAGAUCGCCACAAUCCAGCAAACCACAGAGGUCUUCACUUCGACGCUGGAUGAUCUGGAACAGAGGGUGAAGGAGGCCGGCAUCGAGAUCAGCGUUAGGCAGAGCUUCCUCACGGAUCCCGCAGUGGCCGUCAAAAACCUCAAGCGGCAAGACGCUCGCAUCAUUGUGGGUCUGUUUUAUGAAACGGAAGCCAGAAAAGUGUUCUGCGAGGUCUAUAAGGAGAAGCUGUUUGGGAAAAAAUAUGUGUGGUUUUUGAUUGGCUGGUACGCCGACAACUGGUUCAAGAUCAAAGAUCCAUCCAUCAACUGCACCGUGGAGCAAAUGACUGAAGCCGUGGAGGGACAUGUUACCACGGAGAUCGUGAUGCUCAAUCCAGAAACAGUUCGAGGGGCCUCUAACUUGACCUCACAGGAGUUUCUAGCCCAGCUGAUGUCCAAGCUGGGUGGGAAAAAUCCAGAGGAAACCGGAGGUUUCCAGGAAGCUCCCUUGGCGUAUGAUGCUGUUUGGGCCCUUGCUCUGGCUCUCAAUAAGACGGUGGGACCCUUGAAAUCAAAGGGUAGACGGUUGGAAGACUUUAAUUACAAUAACAAGGACAUCACGGCAGAGAUCUACAGAGCCCUCAACACCAGCUCCUUCGAGGGAGUGUCGGGUCAUGUGGUGUUUGACGCACAGGGCUCCAGAAUGGCCUGGACCCUCAUUGAGCAACUGCAAGGAGGGAGCUACAAGAAGAUUGGAUACUAUGAUAUGACCAAAGGCAAUCUCUCCUGGUACGGGAAUGACAGGUGGAUAGGCUCUGGUCCACCUGCAGAUCAAACGGUGGUCAUACAGAAGUUCAGAUACCUGUCACAAAAACUCUUUGUCUCAGUGUCUGUAUUUGCUGGCUUGGGGAUUUUAAUGGGGAUCGUUUGUCUCACCUUCAACAUUUACAACAGUAACGUCAGGUAUAUACAAAACUCUCAGCCCUAUCUGAAUAACAUGACUGCGGUGGGCUGUAUGAUGGCACUGGCAGCUGUUUUUCCUCUGGGAAUCGAUGGACUCCAUGUACGAAACUCUCAGUUUCCAGUGGUCUGUCAGUUCCGUUUGUGGCUGCUCGGACUCGGCUUCAGUUUAGCUUACGGCAGCAUGUUCACAAAGAUCUGGUGGGUCCACACUGUGUUCACAAAGAAAGAUGAAAAGAAAGACAAGAGGAAGCAACAUCUUGAGCCGUGGAAGCUCAAUGCCACCGUCGGGGUUCUGCUGGUUAUUGACGUCCUGUCCCUCAUGAUUUGGCAGAUCGUGGAUCCCCUGCACAUCACUGUGGAGAAGUUCACUAAAGAAGCACCUAAAGGGGACGUGGAUGAGUUGAUUGAACCCUUGCUGCAGCACUGCAGUUCAGAGAAGAUGAACACAUGGCUCGGAGUUGUGUAUGGCUAUAAGGGCUUGCUGCUGCUUCUGGGUAUUUUCCUGGCGUACGAAACCAAAUCUGUGUCCACAGAAAAAAUAAACGACCACCGCGCCGUCGGAAUGGCUAUCUACAACGUCUCGGUGUUGUGCAUGAUCACCGCUCCAGUCACGAUGAUCCUGUCAUCCAAACAGGACGCCUCAUUCGCCUUCGCCUCGCUGGCCAUAAUCUUCUCCGUCUACAUCACGCUAGUUGUGCUUUUCGUCCCCAAGAUGAGAAGACUGAUCACUCGUGGUGAAUGGCAGUCAGACCAGCAGGAAACCAUGAAGACCGGCUCAUCCACAAACAACAACGAUGAAGAGAAAUCCCGUCAGCUGGAGAGAGAAAACAAGGAGCUGCAGAAGAUCAUCCAAGAGAAAGAGGAACGAGUAUCGGAGCUCCGAAACCAGCUGUCAGAAAGACAGGCCCUGCGCUCCAGGAGACGCCCGUCAUCGGCCAAUCAGAACCACAGCUCGCCUCCUCUUCCAACAAUUCAGAAAGAUCCCAAAUCCCUGCUCCCCCCUCCGGGAUACCCCCUUCCUGCUUCUGACAACCACUCCCUUCCUCCCACCUUCUCAAACUCAUCCGUCCUGUACCAGCCCGACGGCAAGAUAAACCGCAACAACUGUCACCCCAGCCGACUGCAGCUCCUCUACAAGUGAGCCCGGGGAUCUCAAGAGGAACCCCCAGCGGGGCUAAGCCAAGUGCUAACGUGGAGACGCUGCUUUACACAAAAGUUGCCCUUUUUUUACCCAACAGACUGGUUAUGUUUCUUUGUUCGUUUUUUGUUUUUCGGGGAGGUUAUGUUGUUGACUAGUCUUGAGAAUCUGUUGUCACUUGCAUCAUCCGAUGUGUCACCACGUUUGAAAGCCACACAUGCCGUGAGAACCGCUAGAUCCAUCAAAUGACUAAUCCUCAGCUGUUUCGACUACUGAAAAUUGCGUACGAGGAACGACUUGCAAAAAAGUACUCACAGAACCGGUUUAAAUAAAAGUGGAUUUUGGUGGUCUAAACAAGGGUUAAAAUCGACUUUUAUAAGUAAAUAAAGCUCAUUACUUCUUCCCAGCAGCUAGUAACCUGUGUCGUCGUCUGAACAUUGAGGUAAAUGACCUCAUGAUACAAAGCAAAGACAUAAACCAUCUACUAAAGAAAACGUGUACUCACUUGUACACCUUCUAAAAAUAUGGACGCUUAUCAUCUGAAGUUUAUGUAGGAUGCCAGAAGUCCCAUGUGAUGGCACACAAACCAUCCAAACAACGUUUAGAACCAAAAUCUCUCAGUAUUGAUGCAGUAUUAAUGUGAGAUGGAGACCAGCUCAUGUUGAAUAACACAAUUGUUUUUAUUUCAAAUGUAACAAUGAUAAAAAAAGUUUAAGACUGUGCCAAUAUAUACAUUGCAAAUCUUUUCACUCAUCAUAUUGCACACUUAAACGAUAUUUCGAUUUGACUUUAUUGAUACUUUUCAUUGAAAUUUUUGAUCUAUUGACGUGUACAUUCCUAUUUUGGAGAUUUUAACAAAACACCAAGCAGGCUGUCCAAACAAGUAGAAACGCUGAAGUCUGUGUAACUCAGCACCGUAUUUCCUGCUUAUAUGUGUCUCGGCGCUCUACAAAAGUGAACCAAACCACAUGCAAUCGCAUUCUUACGCACCAGUUGUGAGACAGUCGCUGAUAACCAACUUUAGUUCAUUUACAGGACAAGCUGGGUGUUUUUAUACAAAGUGACUUAAAGGGAAAGUUUACAUUUUAUCAUUGCGUUUUCCCUAGGAAUCCAAACCUUGACCUUGGCGUUGCAAGUGUCACGCUCGUGUUGAACUUGCUAGGACUGAUUUUUCCUUUCUUUCAUACAAUCCGUGUCCUGUUAUGUCCUAUGAGUAAUCUACAGUUGUUGCAAUGUCACCAGGUCAUUAUCAGCAUUAGCUGGCUGACGUGCAGCUGACUUUGUUGCAUACAUCGCUGUGACAAACCUAGUUUAUAAUUUCCUUCCUGUUUUAUCAACCCAUUACCCUGUUUUGAACUCACGUCUCACUUUGUAGGGAUUAUGGAUUCUCUUAUGUAUUUAUUUGGGGCUCAUGGCUUACAGCAUGAGUUAAAGUGAUACUUCACCCAAAAAUGAAAAUACUGUCAUCAUUGACUCAGCUUCGAGUUGUUCCAGAUCUGUAUAAAUGCCUUUGUUCUGAUGAACACAGAAAGAUAUUUGGAAGAAUGCUUAUAACCAGACAGAUUUUGCCCCCCAUUGACUCCCGUAGUAGGAAAACAUACAAUUGUAGUCAAAAGUGCCCCAGAACUGUUUGCUGUUCUACUUUCACCAAAAUGUCUUCUUUUGUGUUCAACAGAACAAAAAUAAUGAUAAAGUCAUUUUUCUCACAAUGGGAGUCAAUGGGGAGCAAGGUCUGUUUAAAUAUAAGCAUUUUUCCAAAUAUCUUUCUCUGUGUUCAUCAGAACAAAGAAAUGUAUACAGAUUUGGAAAAACACGAAGGUGAGUCAAUUAUGACAGAAUGCCAUGUAAUUCACUUUUGCAAUACAAAACAUCUUUACCAGUAUUGAGUAAAACCACAAAAUGAUUUAGGUUCCCUAGUCAGACAUCACUUUCCUCAUUGCUCAUUUAAAGAUUUGACCGUAAGUGGCACUUAACAGAUCUCACAGCAUUUACAGUAUUCUAAAGCCACGAAUGCUAAUACUAUCCAUACAGCCAUGUUUAUAUGGGUGCAAAGAGUUAAUUGUGCCAUUAAAAGACGCAGGUGCAAUAAGACACAUAACUUGAGCGCACUUCCAUAACAGCACACACAUCCAGACACAAAUGUUCUCAUCAGCAGCUUUAUAUGGUCAUAAUCGCACAUCACUUCCUUUUUUUGCAAACCCUCAGUUACGUUACCCUUCCAUGCUCGGUUAAAAGUCCCAACAUUGGUGGAGUAUGUGGUUUCUGAAUUGAGUCAAGGGAAACUCUCCACAUUCUGUCAUGAAACUGUCCUGAUUGUUUUGUUUUAUGUGUGUUCAAUGUCAUAUUGAAAACGUUUGUCUCUAUGGGUUUAACUUGGUAUCCUCAAUAGGUGUACAGACGUUUCUUUGUUUCAGUUGGACUGUUAUUUGUUUCACCUGCCUUUAUGAAGUCAAUCGAAGAGAAAAAAAAUCCCAACAAGGGCAAAAUGAGAGUAUCAUCGGUCUAUUCAUAAGUGCUUAUGACAUUGCACCAUUUCUCAUUAUUGUUGCGAAGUGGAUAUUACCUCACUGCCACCGGUUAUUUUUAUUAAGGAAGCACAUGCUUGGAAUAGCAUACUCUAUCUCUGCAGUAUGUGUUACAUAUACUGUAUAUAUAGUAUGCACUGGGUACUUUACAUUUUGCUCAGUUGAAUAUUCCUGUCAACUUGAAGAAAUAUUUUCUCUUAUUUAUCUAAAGUCCCCGUGGACCAUAAUUUGCAAUAGUUUUUUCUUCUGUAUUUUGACGCAUUACAUAGUGAAAUGGAAUUUCGUAUGACAAAAAAUAAUGAGCGUGGCUUUCGCCUUUAUCUGCGAUUUGAUUGGAUGUAUAAAACAGCCAUUUCGUUUUGAAAUGGAACUGGCAGCAGACUGUCAGUUGAAGGGGAGGAGUUAACGGUCGCUCCGCCCAAGCAUCUAACAUGUCAUUCAGAAGGAUAGUCACUACAGGAUGGAAGAGCAUUUUCAGAUUUUAGCUGAAGUUUAUGAAGGCAAACACAUUUUUAAAAAGAGAAUGACCCAAAUUGAUACUUAAUUAUAAAUAUAUUAAAAAAAAAUUAAAGAAAAAAUAGGCAUUGUCAAUUUUUUUCACUGGGACAUUAAAUAUAAGUCACUAUUAACAAUUUUUUUCCCAAUUUCAAUCAUUUGAAAGGACUGCCAGUAACACAUUUGUCCUCAAACUGGGUUUAAAGGGGCACAAAAAUUGACACCAUUUGCUAAAUUAAGCAUGCAAUGCAUUGAGGUCACAUGACAUCAUUCAGUACAGUAUUAAAAUGUUUAGUGUGGGAAAAUACUCUUUACACAUGCAGUGUGCAGUACAGUAUUCCAUUCUGAACAUAAGCAGCUAUUAAUCUGCAGUGUAAUGUCAUUGACUUUGUGUCAUAUAAGCACUUGUGAUUGGUUGAAUGGUGCUCCUGUGAUUUCCAUAAACGCUGACACAAUAAGACUCUCAGGAGUCUUUGGGGUGACCAACCCCAACAUGUCAUUCUACUGUAAUAACAUUUUAUUGGUGAUUUUUCGUCAAAUGGUGGUGCGAUAAUAAUCAUGACAGUGAUGCCCAUGCAGACGAUAUGCACAAAUGUUAAUUGUGUAAAUGCUAAAUGUACAUGAUAAAUGUAUUCUCUUGCACAUAAAGUAUAAAUAUAUACAGUCAAAGGUAUUCGUAUGUGGUAUUGAAAAUAUAUUUGUAUUUGUACUACGAUAGAUUCUGUACAACACAAUUGAACUGGUGUCUAUGGUGAAAUAAAGACUAUUGUUUUGCUACAA